GACCUUCAGGUUCACCAUUUGUUGGUAAAAGAAACGGAUGCGAUUGGUCCGCUAUAUUCCGAGCGAUUGGUCCGCUAUAUUCCGAACGAUAGCUCCAAACAGGGCAGGUGUGGGUAGGCGAUCCAUCAGGCUCAUUAAGAGUGUGACGCCUGCCUGAAUGAUGACUGGCGUCGAACAGCCUAGUUUCUUACUUCUAUAUUUCCUAUUCUCAUAUUCUGCUCUGCCACCGUAUUACCUUGUCUUGGCCCAAACUUCCCUCAUAACACGAUGGCCGUCUCCAAAGCAUCAUCCACCAAAGCGGGCAACCCAGAGCUUCAGAUCUCCCUCCUGAAACCCGAAGAAGCAAAACAGUACAUGCGAGUCCGACACGAGGUUUUCCGGGACACCGUAAACAAAAUCCUCUACUCGCGCGGCGAGCCCUCAGCAACAACACUCGCACGCGUGACCGAAGAGAUCCGAGACGGCGUAGUAAACAAAGGCAUAUUGUAUCUGAAGUGUGUGGACGUCAAGACCGGCGAGAUUGUCGCAGGCGCGAGAUGGCGGUGUGUCAAGCCCAAGGACCCAAACGCAACCGAGCGGACGUGGGAAGAGGUGAAUCAGGACAUGGGGAAGAGCGAGCCCUACGAAGAGAGUGAUCCUGAGCUCUUCCACGCACUGCACGAUCUAUUCAACGAGAGUAGGCGCGAAAUCCUGGGGAUGAGAAGUCACUUCGUCCUCGACACACUCGUCACAUUGCCUCAGCAUGAAAGGCGGGGAGCUGGAAGCAUGCUGGUGAGAUGGGGGACCGAGCGGGCGGACGAGGCAGGCUUCGAAGCGUAUCUCGAGGCGUCACCCAUGGGCGCGCCAAUGUAUGCAAGACAUGGUUUUGAGCCGCAGAAGAAGGUCGAGCUGGACUUGACGAAGUAUGGAGGCGACGAAGUCUUGAAAUUCAUCCUGAUGAAGAGACCUGCCAGUGCUAAAGUCGCUACUCCCUGAACUGUGUAUUAGAUCAAUGAUUUCAAUCGCGUGCGAACAGCACCUGCAUCAAGCUUCUGGGGUUAAGCUGGAAGAGAUCAACGUUCCCGCAUUGCCACUACCCACGUAUUACGAUACACUGCUAUAGCAGCAGUUCUCACCCUGCGCCCUAGAAGCCGAAACAUUAAUACAUGGCGUGUGGAGUAAUAACUGGGCGGUACAUUGUAAAUUUCUCGAGACACGCAUGAUGUCGCCGAACGAUCGGUGACGGGGUUUGCUGCCGGUAGCUCUCGAUCUACACGCUUCUAGGAAAUAACUACCAGUGUUGCUUCCU